AUGCACAAGGUCAAGAAAGCCGUCGGUGACCUCAUCUCCAAAGACGGGAAGCACGACACCACCGUUGACGAAGAAGUCCGACAGCCCGUCACCAACGAACAUGUCCGUCCCCACGAGCAGGAGCACGUGAGGACCGCAGUGGAAAAGGACAUCCAUCAAGAUCACCACCAUACUGUGGUUCAGCCGCUGGAACACAAGGAAGUCCUCCCCGAAAAGCAUCAUGAGAGAGUCCUCCCCACAGAGCACCGGUCCUUUGACCACGGCAGCGACAAGGAUGUGCACAACUUCCUCGAGCGCGAUGCCGCCAAAUACAAAGACGCCUCAGUCACCCACCACAAGACUCACGAGACCCAUACCGAAGCACCCAUUAUCGCCGGCGAGCGCGUCCACCACCACGUCCAUGAGCACAUCCAGCCCGUCAUCCACAAGGAGACGGUGGCGCCAGAAGUCAUCCACACAACUGUCCCUGUCCAUGAAACCCAUCAGGCUGCGGCCGUGCACCAUGGUACCAAGGUCUUGCCGACGAAGACUUUGAGUGAGUUUACGGGUGGACAGGGGCUGCCCGAGAGCAGAGAGUCUCGUAUGAAGGAACAGUAUGAGGGAUGUCCGACGUUUGAUGGCAAGGACUUGGAGAGCGGUAGGACUGAGGGCAACAGGACUGCUGGAGAUGUGACUGCAGGCCAUACGACGGCGGGUAAUGGCACUGCGGGUAAUGUAACUACGGGUCAUCGGGCUGGUGCCAACGAAGGUCUGGGACAUUGA